CCUCACUUCACUCAUCUCCCUCAAAUGUUGUCUUCCCUUCAAGGAUGACUUGAGCAGGAGUAAGGAAGCCGACAGUGUUGAAUGCAGACUUCAGACAAACCUCUCCUUCAAAGUACGAUUGGCGACAAACAUCCUGCGAACCUGCACUCCUCUCAACGCAGUCAGCCCUUUGCUAGCCUGUCCUCCGCCUUGCCUUGUUCGAGCUUUUCCAAAGCAGUGUGUAAACAUUGUCACUGAUAUUGGUCUGUACAUUGCUGUACAUUGACUGCGGCCAACAACCUUACCGACAGAACUUUGCAAACUCAGUUUGGCAGGUCGACCAACCUUCCCGAACCUUGACUGUAGCCAUCGCAAUUGUGGAAUCCAUGGCGCCCUUUAGGCUAUUCUGUGUUGGCUCGUUCGAUGAGCAAGAGAUUGUGUGAAACAAAGGACAACAAUAUCGCAGCGUUAGCUUUUGCUCUCGCUCGUGCCACCUACACUCUUUUUCAAUCCUCGGCUUGGUGAAUUUUCCCUCACGGCUGUUGGACACGACGUGACGAAUUUCCUUGGACAAAAUGGCGUCUUCUCGGGUUGGACCAGGUCCGCCGAAAUUAUCGUUUGCAAAGGUUGCGGCUAUGCGUGCACCCACAGUGCCAAUGCCCAAUUCCCAUUUGACCGAAGACAAGAAGCCUCGUUCGACUGAUAUUGACAACACACAAAACUCAGCUCCACCAAAUCCGUUGCAACCCACAACCUCGCCGAGGGAAAGUGACGGGCUCCCACUAUCAACCAUUGACACAAAUACGCAGUCAGAAUACGUGACGAAUGCCAUUCAGGGGUUGUCACUGGUCCAAGGAGCUGCUACUGCACCACCUGGGUCGCAAAGUGCGGACAGUGGAGAGUCGCUUGAAGAUGACCAAUCGCAACUCUCCAAUUCCUCGAUCAAACAGCAAAGUUUCGAUACCAAGAGCAUGGCGUCGGUGACUACAUUUGCAAUGGAUGAGAAGGAGAGCAUUCGUCCAGAUGACAGUGCUAGUGUCAGAGCUGCAGAAGAUGAUGAAGCUUCGAGCGCACCAAGCCGAGAAAUGAGUUUUACUCGCGACAAUGAACGUCUGAAUCAGAGACCAAUGCCCUCAGGGGUUACGAUUGCCGCUCGCCGUUACCAUACGUUGACUUUGACAAAUCCUCCACGAUUUGGGGAUCUCCCAGUCAUUCCUAUGUUACGAGGAGGAGCCGACGAGCAAAACCAUUCCGAGGGCACUGGUCCACAACAGAUUGGUGUGCAGGAACGAACAGCCUCGCUUCCCGUUGCGCCAGAUGAGAAACUUCUAGAUGCACUGGCAAGCCCGAAGGACCGCCUCUCUUUACUGCAGUUGGAGGAAAAAUUUCUCGGUCUGCUCGCCAAUUCUGAGAGCAUGUUUUUAGAUUUGCCUCCCCAAAACGGAUUUGCUCGAUUGUUGACACACAAGCUUGCGGAUUAUUACUCGCUUGCCCAUCACACAAAUGAUGACAGCACGUCCAUCAGGGUCUUCAAGACUGCGUCAGCCUCUCGGCCAACUCCAUUACACGUCCUUGCUCAGUCAAUCCCCGCUGGACCAUCUCAACCUCCAUCCGCCAUGGCAGUCAAGAUUAUGCGUCGAGCUGGCCUAGGCCCUCGUCAAGGAUCGGCUGGUGGUAGUACACCUGCCAGUUCGUCCGCGCCCUCCAAAGCCACCUCGGAAGCUGGUGUCGAGACAAACAGCGAAGAGGGUGUUUUGUCCCCUGCUGAAACUCCUAACAAGGACAAAUCCAAGUUGACUCGAGAGGAGCGAGAGGCCCAGUACAAAGCUGCUAGGGAACGAAUCUUUGGUGACUUUCAAGAGUCUGUGACGAGCGAAAAUACAUCUACUGGAGACAAUUCGGCCAGCAUGUCUCGAUCUAGUUCAUCGAGCGGCAGAAGAAAGACACGUAAGCAAAAGACUCCAAAGGAUGACAGCUUCGAGGCCCGAUCCGCAUACAUUCCAAGCUAUGCUCCAAUGCACAUGCAACAGAUGCAGCAGCAUUACCAGCCUCAGUAUUCUGAUCAGGUGUUUCCAAAUGCAUACCAAGGCGCUGGGAAUACGUAUGGUACAGGCAUGAAUUAUGGUACUACACCAACCCAAUCUUACCCCCAGUUUGAGCCACCUAUGCCAUAUAACAGUAUGGGUUAUGGUCCCAACAACAAUCAGCAAUAUAGUACACCGGACUCUUGGUCGUCUGUGCAGUCGACUCCUGGAAAUGGGUUUAUGAACUAUUCUUCGUCCCCAACCUCCGGCUACUCUCAGGGUAUGCCACCAACGAUGAUGGGACAGAUGAACAACCCAUACAUGCAACAAUCACCGCAAGGAAUGCAACAGUCUUCGGGUUGGAUGAACAACCAGUUUCAAAAUUCUUACUAUCCAUCAUCUGGCAAUCCAGGCUCAAACAUGAAUGGCUGGCAGGGUUAUCAGCCCGACCCAGUAACGAACAAUGGGGCCUCAUACGCAUAUCGUCAAGGUGCUGGGCAAAAUUACAACGCCAACGCAUCAUACAACAUGCAAAAUCCUAUGCAAGGGUACUCUCGAACCUUGUUCAAUCCACAAACUCGGUCGUUCGUUCCCAAUACCGCGACCGGCCGCACCGGUGGUCGAGGUGGACGGAAGAAGCCGUCACCACCAUCGAGCCAAACCCGAGGCAGCAAUAUCGCGAGACCUUUCAGCAGCGAUGUUUCCGGCGCUAGUAGCGUAUCCUCGCGGGGGUUCGACAAACCCGCACCCAGUUUUGCCUCGCCCAUGCCAAAGGAAGACUCGUUGCAGCAGAAGUAUGGUGCACCUGCUCAUCUUCCAAAGAAGCCUCCCCCGUCUCAGGUCCCUCCUUCUUUCGACGUUGAGACACUGGCAAGCAAUGGAGGACCCAUGACUCUGAACGGUGCGAACAAAGCUCCUGCUGGUGCGUCUCUCACAUGAGUCACGGCCUUUUUUCUUUCUUGCUGCAAAAUGCAUCAGCAGCGCAUCAGCGGUAUCCUGCUCGAAUGGACAUGGGAUUUUCUUUUUUUUCGACGAAGAAAAAGAAGAAUUAGAAAAAGAAAAGGGCCCAACCGGUGGCAUUUGAAGUGUAUGGAGUAAAAGGGGAAAAAGGCGUAUUGAAACAAAAAUUUAAGGUAUCAUUGUGUUAGUUGCAAACCCAACACAAAUACAAUACCCCCCAUGGUUAACUUGAGUGGGUUUCUCUCCAAAGUGGGAAUUGAUUGCAUGGCAUCAUCAUCAUUGUCGUCGUCGUCGUCGUCGUCGUCGUCAUCAUCGCAUGGGACUGGAAAGGGUCGGGGAAUAAGGAUUUGGUUUUCCCAAGAGGAGCCACUGCCACCACUACCACCACCAACCGGAUGGUCAAAGGGAAGAAUGGGAAGUGCAAAAGAACGAGCUCGGCGCAAAAAAAGAGAUAAAGAAUUCACUUCAUCACACAAUUUUUCUUUUCCAGUCGAGCCCUUCUUCUUGUUUUGUCUGAUUUGGUCUCGUUUGUGAAGAGGAUAGAUAACUCACCGAAGGGGACGAGCUGGUUUGACCAUUUGCACGUUACGUCUAGAAGUUUGGUGAUCCCAUUCUCGUUUGCUGAUCAGAUGAGUACGGCUAGUUUCCUGCCUACGUGACCUAGAGAAUCCG